AUGUCUGCCGUUGCUAUGUCGUUGAGAAGGUCUGGGCAGUUGCUGAACUUGUCGCGGGCUGCAGGAAGGAGAUGGCUCGCCACUGCUCGUGCUGGUGGCACAGGGGUAGGUACUGGGACUGGAACCGCAGAGAAGUCAACCACGGGGGGCACCGCCACGAGCGGUGACGCUGACGCUGUACAGAUUGACUUGCCGGAGAACUCGUUCGAGGGAUACCUCUUGGACACGCCAUCCUUGCAGUACAGCACGACGAAGGCGUCUCUGUUGCAGAUGUACAAAGAUAUGGUCGUCAUUCGCCGUAUGGAGAUGGCUUGCGACGCUCUGUACAAGGCGAAGAAGAUCCGUGGGUUCUGCCACUUGUCCGUCGGGCAGGAGGCCAUCGCGGUCGGGAUCGAGAACGCAAUCACGAAACUGGACUCCGUAAUCACAUCGUACCGUUGCCAUGGGUUCACGUACAUGCGCGGUGCGUCAGUCAAACAGGUACUAGCGGAACUGAUGGGGAAACGUGAAGGUGUGUCCUACGGGAAGGGUGGGUCCAUGCACUUGUACGCGCCCAACUUCUUCGGCGGGAACGGGAUCGUAGGUGCACAGGUACCCCUGGGCACUGGGCUAGCGUUUGCGCACCAGUACAAGAACGAGGACGCCUGUUCGUUCACUCUGUAUGGUGACGGUGCGUCCAACCAGGGACAAGUCUUUGAAUCGUACAACAUGGCGAAACUGUGGAACCUACCAGUGGUCUACUGUUGCGAGAACAACAAGUACGGGAUGGGUACCGCCGCGUCGCGGUCCUCAGCGACCACAGAGUACUACAAGCGUGGGCAAUACAUCCCUGGGCUCAAAGUCAACGGUAUGGACAUCCUAGCCGUGUACCAGGCCUCCAAAUUCGCCAAGGACUGGUGUGUAUCCGGUAAGGGUCCACUCGUCCUUGAGUUCGAGACGUACAGGUACGGUGGUCACUCGAUGUCUGACCCGGGGACCACGUACAGGACCAGGGAGGAGAUCCAGAACAUGCGGUCCAAGAACGACCCAAUCGCAGGGCUCAAGAUGCACCUCUUGGAUUUGGGGAUCGCCACGGACGCAGAGGUCAAGCAGUACGACAAGGCAGCUCGCAAGUACGUCGACGAACAGGUCCAGCUUGCGGACAAAGCGGCUCCUCCAGAGGCCAAACUUUCGAUCCUCUUCGAGGACGUCUACGUUAAGGGGUCCGAGAUCCCCACGCUGCGCGGCAGGAUCCCAGAGGACACCUGGGACUUCCAGAAGAACGAUUUUGCCACGCAGAAGUGA